AAUUGCUAACAAUAUUUGUUGGCAAUUGGUUAGAUAAUGUCGUAUUGAAUUAAAAUUUGCAGUCGAGGGGGCAAAAUUUUGUUUUGAAAAGGCAUUUUCUUGUGAUUUUUGUGUUUAGGCUGGCAGCAUAUGAUACUUCCAUGCCUGUAAUCUCAAACUGUUACAAAAGAGUGAAAGAAAAAAACUUGAACACGGCCUCUGAAAAUGUGUAGUGUCGACAGUUUUGUUAUUAUAAAUCUGUAAAUGAAACAAUAAAAUCCCCCAAAGUAAAAAGCUAUAAAAGGCUGAACAAAGGAGAACUGAAACCUCAUUUAAAUACCAAAUGACUAAAAUCCAGAUUAAAUGUCCUCACUUUCAAAAAGUUUUCACUUUCAAAUCAAAGACUGUUUGCUACUUGACGCACAUGAAAAUGAAUCAUUUUGCUCCAUAUUCUUGACUCUAAAAGACCAACGUCACCAAGAGCGGAUAAAUUAUAGUUUAAUGAGAGGAGUAAACUGCUGAAUAUAUUUUAUAAAAUUUACUGUUUUCUUACCUUCACAGACUGAGCAGUUUAAAUCUUUCAUUUUUCCCAGACGAGGCUUUCAUGCGACUGCGUGAAGUGAACUCUGAUACCUCACUUUUAAUAGCUAACAGCCUGCAGUUUUAGAACUGUUAAACCAUCUUUAGUCUCUCAACUGUGUACAGAGUGAUAUGCAAAGUCAGCAGUGCAUUGUAUAAACUGGGACAGGAUUAGAUCGAUACUGAUUGGAUUACAUUCAAGGUACAGUUUUAUGAUUGCGGUUGCUUCACUGGAGUAACUGACUUUACACAUGGAUGUCAAAAGAAAAAGGUGUUUUUCUUCAAAAAUGCCAUGCUGUCCAGGAAAAAAGAGGGUUUUCACUAAAGCACUUUUGCAACUGUGCACAACACCACAUACUUCACUAUUUUGACUGCUGCUACUCAGCAUGGCUUCCAGUUUACUUAAAGAAAAAUCACUUAAAUUCUCUGACAACAUGUUGGACUCUGACUUAGGAACUCAUUAAACAAGGCGAACAUUUUCCCUCUCCCUUACAGGUGUGCAUUAUGGAAGCUCCUGUGAUGUCAUCAGAUGAAGAGCCAUGGUGGCAUGACUAUAUGGAUGUCUUGAAUAAUUUCAACUAUUCUUAUGAUCAAGAUUAUGAAGAUGAUAUAUGUGACAUGACAGAGUAUCUAAACUUUGCAAAUGUGUUGAUCCCAGUUGUGUACUCAGUGGCGUUUGUUGUGGGAAUCCUGGGGAAUGGAUUGCUGCUGGGUGUACUGAUGAAGAGCAGAAAGGUCUGGAGCACAACAGACAUUUUGAUCCUUCACCGAGCUGUGGCAGACAUCCUGCUGCUGGUGACGCUGCCCUUCUGGGCUGUAGCGUCUGCCAGUGAUGCCGGAUGGGUGUUUGGGACGUUCUUCUGCAAAGUCACUGGAAGUGUUUUCACAAUGAAUUUCUAUUGUGGGAUUUUUCUCCUGGUUUGCUUCAGUGUGAGCUACCUCCUCUCAAUCCUUCCUUCUACCAAAGAGUUCAUGAAGAAAAAGCCCUGGGUGGUUCAAGCCUGCUGUGUGGUGGUGUGGAUCCUCUCCAUUCUCCUCUCCGUCCCUAACUGGAACUUUUUAGAAAGUGUGACAGAUUCAAGAGGAAAUACCACCGUGUGUGUUCGUAAUUAUGCAAAACGUGACUUGGAUGGCACAUCCUAUAAGAUAGUUGCGCGAUGGCUGUACCACAUAUUGAGUUUUUUGUUUCCUUCAGUUGUCCUGGUCCUCUGCUACUUGUGCAUCCUGUGGCAGCUGCGGUGUGGCACCAGAGGCUUCCAAAAACAAAGAACUUUCAAAGUCAUAAUAGCUAUUAUGGCAGUUUUCUUUCUCUGCUGGACACCGUUCAAUAUUACCCUUUUGAUGGACACAGUUGAAAUAAGCAGCAGCAGUGCAACAGAAUGUGGAACGCAAACAUCUCUGGAGAAAGCUCUAAUUGCAACUUCUGUUUUGGCUUUCAUCCACUGUUGCCUAAAUCCCGUUUUGUACUUUUUUCUAGAUGUUAAGUAUCAGCAACAGCUGAUGAGCAUGUGGACCAAGACAUCUGACAGCUCAGUUUUUUAAAGACUCUAAUAGAUUACCAGUGCACAUCACUUAAAUGAGAAUACAUUAUAGCCCCAGUAACAUUUUUCCUUUGUCUGUCUCUCAUAACUUCAUAUUUAAAUUUUUCUGGCUGCCAAGUGAAACUGUAAUAUGAAGAACUAAAGAAAUAUCUAAUA